CCAGCCCAGCCCAGAGAGAGAGAGAGAGAGAAGAACUACUCGACUCGAAAUUCUGAACGCCAAAACCAAAAGUCUCUUUGAUGCGACGCCGAAGUGGAAGCAAACUGGCAAAGAGAUCCAUGGCUGCUGCCUGCUAGUGCUUGACUGCCAGGCAAGUUUCUACUGAUUUGCGUACUCAAAAUUUCGUGGCUGCUCAAUAUGCAUAACGAUCUCAGCUUCUUUUCUCUCUCUAAAACCCUAACUUCAGGGCCCGGUUGCUUGAGUAAUACCGAUGCUUCUUUCGCUUUCUCCUUGUAAACCAGAUUUGAGUCCGGUCUUUCGAGCUGAGUUGUAGUUAGGUCGGUUUGGUUCUGGGGUGUCGGAGGCAAUGUUGAUGCUGUGUUGUGAUGAGGACGAGGGCCUAGAAGAUUCUUGACGGUCUGCAGAAAUUUGAGCUGGAUUUCUCGUGUCCUUGGAUUUGGAGCUUUCUCUCGUGCGUUAGCUUCUUUAAAGUGGUAAGGACGGAAAGCGUUUGUGUCUUGAUAUGGAUGAUACGGCGGCAAUAGUGGAUACACUUGGAUCCAGAUUCACUUCUGUGGAGCUGAUCGGGAAAGGAUCCUUUGGUGAUGUCUAUAAGGGGUUUGACAAGGAGCUCAACAAAGUUGUUGCGAUUAAGGUUAUUGAUUUAGAAGAAGCAGAGGAUGAAAUUGAAGACAUUCAAAAGGAAAUUUCAGUAUUAUCCCAGUGUCGGUCUCCAUAUAUUACCGAGUACUAUGGCUCCUAUCUCCACCAAACCAAGCUAUGGAUAAUAAUGGAAUACAUGGCUGGUGGAUCUGUUGCUGACCUAAUUCAAGCAGGACCUCCACUGGAUGAGAUGUCUAUAGCAUGCAUUUUGCGCGACUUGCUACAUGCCAUCGAAUACCUCCAUAAUGAGGGAAAGAUUCACAGAGAUAUUAAAGCUGCAAACAUUUUAUUGACAGAGAAUGGAGAUGUUAAGGUUGCUGAUUUUGGUGUUUCUGCACAACUAACAAGGACAAUCUCGAGAAGAAAGACAUUUGUAGGAACACCAUUCUGGAUGGCUCCAGAAGUAAUUCAAAAUUCAGAUGGAUACAAUGAGAAGGCUGAUAUCUGGUCUUUGGGGAUAACUGCAAUUGAAAUGGCUAAAGGGGAACCUCCACUUGCAGAUCUCCACCCAAUGAGGGUUCUUUUCAUCAUUCCUCGAGAAAACCCCCCUCAGCUGGAUGAACAUUUUUCCCGUCCUAUGAAAGAAUUUGUUUCCCUGUGUUUGAAGAAGGUGCCUUCUGAGAGACCUAGUGCUAAGGAACUUCUAAAGCAUCGUUUUAUCAAGAAUGCUAGAAAAAGCCCCAGGCUGUUGGAAAGAAUAAGGGAGCGUCCAAAGUACCAAGCAAAGGAAGAGGCAGGAACCCCACGAAAUGGUCUUAACGCAUUUGGAAAUGCCUCUGAUACUGUGAAGGUUUCCAGGGAUCCGAGAGAUGAAGAAACUGUUCGGGCUAGUCAUGGAAUGUCUCCAAAAAAUGCUGGAUGGGACUUUAGCAUGAGUGGACCUCAGGGUACGGGAACUAUCCGUAGUGCUUUAAAGCCACCUCCAAUUUCUGGAACAAGAGAAACGAAAUCAGAAGCUUCAUAUGGUCCGAGUGCCACUAAAAAAUUUUCAGAAAGAAGUGAUCAAUUGUUAUCUUCAUCUGGAAGUGCUGUUCAUGAAUCAUCAGAAGUUUCCUUGGCGAAUGAUGAUAGUGACCAUGAUGAUGGGUUACAAGAGAAUUUUCAUGAAGAUGGGCAGUUUUCAGUGAGUGAGUCAGGCACUGUUGUUGUACGAUCUCCAAGGGUAUUGCAGGCAUCAUCCAUAUUUAGUGAUCAAAGUAAUUUGUCUAGCAACAGGUGUGCUUCCUUUGAGGAUAUAUCUUCUACUGGCACUGUUGUUCUACGUGGCCAACAUGAUGAUUAUGAUUCUCCUCGAACUCCAAAGUCCAGAUUGGGAAUCCAGGAGAAGUCUUUGAGUGCAUCACUUGAAGAUAGUGCAACAAACCUUUCAGAGGCAAAGGCUGCUAUUCAAGGCGGAUUAAGGAAAUCAAACGCACGGGAGAGGUCUGUACUGGGCAAACUCAAUAAAGAUCGGCAAGGAAGUAAAAUAACAGAAUCAGAAAAUAACUCUGUUUCCUCUAGAUAUUCUCAUCAGUACUUUGGUGCACAAAAAGAACUUCCUAGAUCUCGUCAAGGAAGUGGUGAUGAAGAAAAUGCAAAAAUUUCUGCAGUAGCAGAAGCAUCUCCUGCGUUAUCAGUUUUGCUUAUCCCUUCAUUGAAAGAGGUUGUUGGUGAUGACAAUGGAUCAAUUCAACGUGCUGUGGUAGAUUCACUUGUAGAGAUGGAAUAUUUAAAACCCGGUUCUUGUGAAGUCCUUGUCAGCAGGUUGCUACAACGACUUGGAAGCUCAAAAGAAUCUACAAUGAAAGGACUCCAGGAGAUGGCUGCCCGCAUCUUUACAAAGGGCAAAACAGUUGCUGAAGAAUCAGAAAACGCAAAUGUAGAAGCCGUGGACCGGAAAAGACAACAUCUACAACUCUCCGGGAACCAAAAUUUAAGCCCGCUAGCACGGUUCCUUAUUGCAAGGUGGCAGGGUCAGGUUUCACGAGACUUGAGUCCAAUUUAAGGAGGUUUUAAAAUGAUGUUUGGAUUAACGGUUUCUGUUUUCUUUUUUUUCCCCUAUAUAUUGUAUAUCUGUUAUGAUCUAAUGUAUAUAUCAUUAUCAGGAUGGUCAAUAGUGUUGUUUUUUUGGCUAGUUUUUAUUCAUAUUCUUUUUUUCUGUAUGUUGUAUUUCACUCUUAUCAAUUUUAGCCUCUUAAGGUGGGUUCAUAUGUAUGUAUGGCAUUUCUUUUUUUAUUCCCGGAGGGGGGAGGGGUGUUAAGGUAUCAAAAAGCGAAAACUCUCACACCA